AUGCAACUAGUCGGAGAAACUACAGCAACCAAUUCUUUUCAUAGUAAUAUUAUGCUUGUUAACAACAGACAAGUUCUCAAUCCUUGUUGUUGCUCUCUGAGAUUUGCUUCAUCUGGAGGUUAUUCUGUUCUUCACUCAAGUGGACUUCAGCACUGGUUCAAAAAUUGGCAAGGACACAGAAAACAUAAACUGGCAGCUAGCACUUUUGCUGCCGCCGUUGGUUUUUUUCAUCGCCGAAGACUCCAGCUUUGGUUAGAGAAGAUUGGAGCAAUUGAGCCAUUUUCGGGUAACCUGGCUACCUGUUGGAGCAAUGUCAAAGAAGAGGAAGCACUUGAAAGAUACAAGCUGAUAACAGGAAAUUCUGUCUUGUUUCCUGAAUUUCAAGUCUAUGGUAAUACAAAUGCUGGAGAUGAUUGGCUAGGAGCUUCACCAGACGGGGUGGUUGAUAGGCUGGUAUACGGAUUGUCUUCACGAGGAGUACUGGAGAUUAAGUGCCCAUUUUUCGAUGGAAAUAUGAAAAAGGCUACCCCUUGGUUGCGAAUUCCUUUGUUUUGUGUUCCACAGGCUCAGGGUUUAAUGGAAAUACUUGACAGGGAUUGGAUGGAUUUCUGUGUUUGGACUCCUACAAGGAGUAGCCUAUUCAGGUUAUACCGGGAUGCAGAGUACUGGGAUGUUUUGAAAAUGGUUCUCUCAGAUUUUUAG